UAAUCUAGGGUUUUCAAUAACAAAAAGUAUUUGGGCGAGGUGCAUCCCCCUUAGUCCUCUUCUCUUCAAAUUCAAUCCACCAAAAACCCUCACACGCAACUUUUCCCAUUUCCUCCUUCACCUCUGCACUUUCCACCAUGGGAAGGGGAAAAUUCAAGGCCAAACCCACUGGUCGCCGCAACUUUUCUAGCCAUGAAGACAUGGUUGCUGGCACCUCCACCCGUCCUAGGACUUUUAGACAGAAAGAAGCUGAGAAUGAAGAGGAUCCAUCUAAGGAAGUUUCCGAGGACGAGUCUGAAGAAGAAUCUGAAGAUGAAAAUACUAAGGCAAAGGGUGUUCAAGGGGUUAUUGAGAUUGAAAAUCCUAACUUGGUAAAGCCCAAGAACAUUAAAGCUAGAGACAUUGAUAUUGGGAAAACCAGUGAGCUUUCAAGGCGUGAAAGAGAGGAGAUAGAGAAACAGAGGGCUCAUGAGCGCUACAUGAAACUUCAAGAGCAAGGAAAAACAGAACAAUCCAGGAAAGAUCUAGAUCGCUUAGCUCUGAUACGUCAAGAAAGAGCUGAAGCUGCUAAAAAGCGAGAAGAAGAGAGAUUAGCCAAAGAACAAAAGAAGACCGAAGCUCGCAAGUAAAUUUCAUGGGGGAUGUUUCUUGACGAAGUUUUACUCCAAUUUGCUGGAGGAAUAUUCGAUCUUGCUAUAUUUUAACAUUUUAUAUGUCCAUUCUCUUUAUAUUGAAUAUGAACAUUCCAUGUUGGUAGUAUGUUUCUUUUCACUUAUGACCUGAAUUCUCUGUAUGUGGCUUUAGGUUUCAAGAUCUAAAUUCAGCUUUUAAGUAUAA